AUGGAACAAAGGAAAAGUCAAGAUGACAGUGAAUUAAAGGAGCUAAAUCCUUCUACACCCACCAGUUUGGUAGAUAAGAAAGAAAUUCAACUUAAUGAAGGUUUUGGGAUCGAGAGGAGAAAAAUAAAACAAGCCAAGAAGUUCCUCAAAGUUGGAUGAAUGUUUUUCAAACUGAAAUCAUUUAUACUAUUACUAGAAGGCGGUUUAUUGUUAAUUAUCUUACUUCAGCUUAUGCUUGGGUUCCUUGCAGAUACUGUUAUUACAGCUGUAGUAAUUUCAGCCACUCUGGUGCUUGGGAUUCUCCAAAUAAUCACUAUUCUCAUCGUUUGAAAAUAAAAACAGUUUCUCCUUUCAGCUAGUGAAGGCUAACAAGAACCUUGAAGAGCAAGACUUUGAUGAUGUCAGAGAUGAAACUUCAGAAAAGCCUUUGGAAAACCAAGAAUACAGCAACCCUGAGGAAGGAGAUGGGCUCAGGAAAUUAGACUAUCUUCGCAAAAAGAGAUUGUUGCUGGUCCUCAGAAAUGAGAAAGAAGAACCAAACCCUGAAUAUGUUGAGAAAAGGUUUUCUAAUAAUUCAGAAAUUUUUAAUGAUGGCAACGAAUUGUUUCUCCAGAAAUUAAUCAGUCAUUCUGAGGGCUCAGCUAAAUCAAGUGAGGAGCAAGGAAAUACAAUGGAAAGAGUCUUUGAAAGUCUCAAAACAGUUAGAGAUCGAAGGAUCCGAGAUACGCUUGAAUCUCCUGAUUUUCGUACUAUUUCUUCGAAACAAUCAUUUCAAGAGAUGUCCUUCGCUGGCUCAAGAGGUUCUGGUUCGAUGAAUUUCCGAAAGAGGAAAAUUGGCAAGUCUGACAAAAAUCUAUUCCAGAGGAGAUCGGAUAUGUUCUCAUUCAGUAAUGAAAAUAUUGGUUCGAUAAAAUCGUUCCUUUCCUCGAGGAAGAGCACUAGCUCUGCAGGAGAAGAUCUCGCUAAAAGCAAACUACUUACAAGAGACUCGAGGAAGAAAAAAACACCUGAUUUCAUUGCAUCUAAAACUAGGAGGAGGAACAGCCCACGAAUGAGCAGAGGUGGAAAGAGAAGAAUGGGACAGUUCUACAAGACAUCUUACUUCAAAAUGCAGUUAAAAUAAAAUCGCUGAAAUGCCUGAGGAUGAUAAUGAAGAAAGUGAGGAAGAUAAAUCAGCGACAGAGAAUAAAUCAAAUUCAUUUACAGUAUCCAAUGAUGCUAGCAUUGCAAAUGAUGCUAAUAAAUCCAAUGAUGCAAGCAAAUCUAACGAUGCAAGUAAAUCUAAUGAAGCUAGCAAAUCUCUUGAAAAUACAAGGUCUAAUGAAGGAGCUACAAAAUCUAAUGAUAAUCAAGAACGAUCAAGGGAGGAAGUGAAAUUACAGACAAAUAGUAAGGAGGAUUCUUGCUCAAGUUCUUCAAUCCCCUCAAGUGUUACCCAGAGCAAGGUAUCUACUAUAUAUUCUCCAAUUGAAGCAUUUCAAGAAGCAGAGAAUACGAAGAGAGUUAGUAAUAUAUCGAUAGAAUCUUUGAAGAACUAUCAUCAGCGAAAGAGUGAUGCAAUUACUCUAUACUCUCAACAUAACGAUAGCGUUGCUAUUGCUAACAUGGGAGGCGGGAGUCAGAUGUCACUUAACCAUGAUGUCUGGAAACAAGACACUAACAGAGUGCAUCCUAAUAUUUUCAGAAACGGAGCUCCCUCCCGAAAUUCAGCUUCAAGUGAAGCUUACACAUUUAUGUCAGCUCCUAAGUUCGGUGGGCCAAAGUCAAACAGUGAGAAAGGAUCUGUUGCCCAUUCAUUUAGGUCUCCUAACUUCCAGGUUGAUAAAAGACAUCAGGAAUUUAUAGAGUCUUCUAAGCAGAGCUCCAUGCGAGAAUCUGAAGGUGAUCAAGAAAGCUUCCAUUUUUAAAAAUACAAGUAGGUUUUAAGACAAUGUAUUAUAAGUAUUCAAUUU